GAUAAAAAAUAGGGAGUAACAUGCGAAAAUCCGUAUUCAUUUCAAAACGUGUCGCGAAAACGAUCUCAUAACCGAAUCAGCGGUGGAUAAUGGAGGUGGAAGAGGGGCGGGGAUCUCGGCGGCCGGCGGCGGAGGAGGUCAUCGCGAAGCUCAAGGACGACGGCGAUUUCGACACCCUCCGCCUCAAGAUCAUUCAAAAAGUCAAAGAGAAUGAGGAGUUGCGCAAUAGCAUCAUAGCAGAAGUGAAACAGUCAGAAAUAGUUAAUCAAGAUGGGUCAGAGAACUUGAAACUAAGACAACUUUCCGAUGCUAUCUAUCAAGAGCUCGGGAAGAAAAUUAUGGGUCAGAUCUCGGAUGAGAUAUGGAAGGUCAUAAGGAACGAUAGCACGAAAGAAGAUAUCAGGGUGACGGUAGAGUCUGUUUACAACAGAAUUGUGAAUCCUAAAGCAAAGGAAGAGGACCAUCACUCCUCUCCUACCCCAGAAGAAGCCAAAGAAAGUGAACCUCAGAUGCCACCAGGAUUUGCAGCAUGCAAGGAUUCACAUGAAGAAGAGAUUAAGAAUUUGGAUAAUGAUGAUGAUGAUGAUGAUAUGCCUCCUGGCUUUGGCAUAAUAGCUCAUGGUAAGGAGGAUACAACCUCUGCUAAGGUUGGCGAUGGUGAUGAGAUGGAUGAAGAUGUGAAUAUUAUGGACACGCCUCCUGGCUUCAACCAUGGUACAAAGGAUGUUGCUGGAGUGGGGGAUGAGGGUGAUGAUGAUCUUGAUGUUCCUCCAGGUUUUGGUUGAGUGAGGAGUAGCCAUGGAGAUUAUGUGAAUACUGCGCUUGGUAUUAUUUUUGUUGCGGGCUGCUGGGACGGUUUUUCAUCCAAUUGAAUUAGGCUCUGGAGGGGUAUUUGCACAACAAACAACCCCAUAGAACUCUGAUCAAUGGAGGAUCCGACCGGCAACUUACACAACCCUUUCAUCUGGCAGCAUUUAAGAUAGCAAAGGGUUAGGUUUUCUUCUUUUAAUUCGGGAUGAAUGUGUUGUUUCAUCAUCCUUCUUUACUAUGUGGUACUAUCUUGGUAAAUAGGUAGUUUUUAUGUCUCUCUCUCUCUCUCUCUCUCUGUUGUAAGCCUUUAUUGCUCUAGUAGCGUGUUUUCCUCUACUCUUUUCUGUAGUAGGUGUAGUGACUCCCCGUACUAGCUGUAGUUGGGUAGAUUCAUGUUGUAUUCCGCUUGCAACAUUUGGGGUCACUUGUUAUCUUUAGGAGCUUUGAAGGUGAUGAAGCUGAUGGGUAGUUUUACGUGCUACUCUGGGGUUAUGAUCUCUGCUCAUAUCUUGUGAGCUUCGGAGUUGUUUGCUUGUAAAAUGAAAGGAACACAGGUUUGCUGGAUUAUCAAGUUACUGUUAGAAAUGACGAGAAACAUCACCAA